GCGCUGCAGCGCGAGGGGCGGAGAGGCAGAGCGCGGAGAGAGGACCAGACGCACGGGUCUCCCGCAUCCCCGUGCCGCAGGAGAGAAAACGCGCCGCGUCCUGCUCCCCAGCCUUUGCCCCGGCGACCCCACAUCUUUCUCUGCCCCAGAGACCGAGCAUCUGUCCUCCGCCUCGGCCUCAGCUGGGCGCCCCCUCCCUCGGAGCACAUACCGCCCCUGCAGCCGGAGAAGUGCCCCAGCCCCACGCCGGGGACCACGAUGGCGGAGACAAACAACGAGUGUAGCAUCAAGGUGCUCUGCCGAUUUCGGCCCCUAAACCAGGCCGAGGUUCUGCGGGGGGACAAGUUCAUCCCUAUUUUCCAAGGGGACGACAGCGUCGUUAUUGGGGGGAAGCCAUAUGUCUUUGACCGUGUGUUCCCCCCGAAUACAACUCAGGAGCAAGUUUAUCAUGCCUGUGCCAUGCAGAUUGUCAAAGAUGUCCUUGCUGGCUAUAAUGGCACCAUUUUUGCUUAUGGACAGACCUCCUCAGGGAAAACACAUACCAUGGAGGGAAAACUGCAUGAUCCCCAGCUGAUGGGAAUCAUUCCUCGAAUUGCCCGAGACAUCUUCAACCACAUCUACUCCAUGGAUGAGAACCUGGAGUUCCAUAUUAAGGUUUCUUACUUUGAGAUUUACCUGGACAAAAUCCGUGACCUUCUGGAUGUGACCAAGACAAAUCUGUCUGUGCACGAGGACAAGAACCGGGUGCCAUUUGUCAAGGGUUGUACUGAACGCUUUGUGUCCAGCCCGGAGGAGAUUUUAGAUGUGAUUGAUGAGGGGAAAUCAAAUCGUCAUGUUGCUGUCACCAACAUGAACGAACACAGUUCUCGAAGCCACAGCAUCUUCCUCAUCAACAUCAAGCAGGAGAAUAUGGAAACUGAGCAGAAGCUCAGUGGGAAGCUGUAUUUAGUGGACCUGGCAGGGAGCGAGAAGGUCAGCAAGACUGGGGCAGAGGGAGCUGUGCUGGACGAGGCAAAGAACAUCAACAAGUCGCUGUCGGCCCUGGGGAAUGUGAUCUCCGCGCUGGCUGAGGGCACUAAAAGCUACGUUCCCUAUCGUGACAGCAAAAUGACACGAAUUCUCCAGGACUCUCUGGGAGGAAACUGCCGGACGACUAUGUUCAUCUGCUGCUCGCCGUCCAGUUACAACGAUGCGGAGACCAAGUCCACCCUGAUGUUUGGGCAGCGGGCAAAGACCAUUAAGAACACUGCUUCAGUGAAUCUGGAGCUGACUGCUGAGCAGUGGAAGAAGAAAUAUGAGAAGGAGAAGGAGAAGACAAAGGCUCAGAAAGAGACGAUUACAAAGCUGGAGGCUGAGCUGAGCCGGUGGCGCAAUGGAGAAAACGUGCCUGAGACGGAGCGCCUGGCCGGGGAGGACGCGGCCCUGGGAGCGGAGCUCUGUGAGGAGACCCCUGUGAACGACAACUCGUCCAUCGUGGUGCGCAUCGCGCCGGAAGAGCGGCAGAAGUACGAGGAGGAGAUCCGCCGCCUCUACAAGCAGCUCGACGACAAGGAUGAUGAGAUCAACCAGCAGAGCCAACUCAUAGAGAAGCUGAAGCAGCAAAUGCUGGACCAGGAGGAGCUGCUGGUAUCCACUCGAGGAGACAACGAGAAGGUCCAGCGGGAGCUCAGCCACCUGCAAUCAGAGAACGAUGCUGCUAAGGACGAGGUGAAGGAAGUGCUGCAGGCACUGGAGGAGCUGGCAGUCAACUACGACCAGAAGUCCCAGGAGGUGGAGGAAAAGAGUCAGCAGAACCAGCUGCUGGUGGAUGAGCUGUCUCAGAAGGUGGCCACCAUGCUGUCCCUGGAGUCUGAGCUGCAGCGGCUACAGGAAGUCAGUGGACACCAGCGAAAACGAAUUGCUGAGGUGCUGAACGGGCUGAUGAAGGACCUGAGUGAGUUCAGUGUCAUCGUGGGCAACGGAGAGAUUAAGCUGGUGAGUGAGCCAGUGGAGAUCAGUGGGGCCAUUGAAGAGGAGUUCACUGUGGCUCGACUCUACAUCAGCAAAAUCAAAUCCGAAGUCAAGUCUGUGGUCAAGCGGUGCCGGCAGCUGGAGAACCUCCAGGUUGAAUGUCAUCGCAAGAUGGAAGUGACUGGGCGGGAGCUCUCAUCCUGCCAGCUGCUCAUCUCCCAGCAUGAGGCCAAGAUCCGCUCGCUUACAGAAUACAUGCAGAGUGUGGAGCUAAAGAAGCGGCACCUGGAAGAGUCCUAUGACUCCUUGAGUGAUGAGCUGGCCAAGCUCCAGGCCCAGGAAACUGUGAAUGAAGUAGCCUUAAAGGAUAAGGAGCCAGACACACAGGAUGCAGAUGAAGUGAAGAAGGCUCUGGAAGUGCAGAUGGAGAGUCACCGUGAGGCCCAUCACCGGCAGCUGGCCCGGCUCCGGGAUGAGAUCAACGAGAAACAGAAGACCAUUGAUGAGCUCAAAGACCUGAAUCAGAAGCUCCAGCUAGAGCUAGAGAAGCUUCAGGCUGACUACGAGAAGCUGAAGAACGAAGAACAUGAGAAGAGCACCAAACUCCAGGAGCUGACAUUUCUGUACGAGCGACACGAGCAGUCCAAGCAGGACCUCAAGGGUCUGGAGGAGACCGUUGCCCGGGAACUCCAGACCCUCCACAACCUUCGCAAGCUGUUCGUUCAAGACGUCACGACUCGAGUCAAGAAAAGUGCAGAAAUGGAGCCCGAGGACAGUGGGGGGAUUCACUCCCAAAAGCAGAAGAUUUCCUUUCUUGAGAACAACCUGGAACAGCUUACAAAGGUUCACAAACAGGUGGAUGACUGGGUUUCCAAGCUGGUACGUGACAAUGCAGAUCUGCGUUGUGAGCUUCCUAAGCUGGAAAAACGACUUAGGGCUACAGCUGAGAGAGUUAAGGCCCUGGAGGGUGCACUGAAGGAGGCCAAGGAGGGUGCGAUGAAGGACAAGCGCCGGUACCAGCAGGAGGUGGACCGUAUUAAGGAGGCCGUCCGCUACAAGAGUUCGGGCAAGCGGGGCCAUUCUGCCCAGAUUGCCAAACCUGUCCGGCCUGGCCACUACCCAGCAUCUUCACCCACCAACCCCUAUGGAACACGGAGCCCUGAGUGCAUCAGCUACACCAACAGCCUCUUCCAGAACUACCAGAAUUUGUACCUGCAGGCCGCACCUAGCUCCACCUCAGAUAUGUACUUUGCAAACUCCUGUACCAGCAGUGGGGCCACGUCUUCUGGAGGCCCCUUGGCUUCCUACCAGAAGGCCAACAUGGACAACGGAAAUGCCACAGAUAUCAACGACAAUAGGAGUGACCUGCCAUGCGGCUACGAAGCUGAGGACCAGGCCAAGCUUUUCCCUCUCCACCAGGAGACAGCAGCCAGCUAAUCUCCCACAGGGACUGCUGCAUACCUGCACUUUCAGUUUCUAAGAGGGACUGAGGCCUCUUCUCUCAGCAUGCUGCAAACCUGUGGUCUCUGAUACUAACUCCCUCCCCAACCCUUGUUGUUCAACUGUACUAUGUUCGAUGUCUUCUCUUAUUCUCUUACUCUGUAUAUCUUUGUAUUCUGUAUCUAUAUAUCAAAAGCUGCUGCUAUGUCUCUCUUCUCUCUUUGUCCUACUCUCUAAGUAUCUGAAGAUGUAUUUAGCAAUUUCUAAGCAUAGUCUAUCCUUCUCUUUUUGGGGUAAGAGGGAGGAGGGUGAAUGUUUCUCCUUUCUCUCUCAUUUAUUCAUCUCUCACACUGAGUGGUGUUAGUCACGGAGAUGAUAAAAGGAAAAAUGGGAGCUAGUGGGCUGAGAUCCUACACACACAUGUGUGCGUGCACACACGUGCAGGCACACACCCAUGCACAGGCACACACACGUAUGCACAUGAAGCCUUAAGCAGAAGAAUGUCUCAGCAUCAUAAGAAGACACAGAAAUGGACUCUUCCUCCCUCCUCUCUCAUACACAGCCUAGGGGAGUGUAAAAUGGAAGGGCUGCUAAAUUAUACAUGUAAUUUUCUUCAUACAUCCCUCACCCCAACCAGGGGAUGCCAGGUAUUCACCUAUACCCUGUAACAUCUGCUUUUUGCCUCCCUCUUCCUGUUCUGCCCUGGACUGAGAACAGGGAUUGCUCAAGGGACCACUUCCCUUUCUCUCCAGGUCUCCUUUUAAUAUCCUCUACCUUAUAGCUCAUAAACAGAACCCAGAGUCGAUAAAAAAUAUUUUGAAAAUUUGAGGAGGCAGACCUUCCCAACAGUCUGUCAAAUGGUGAUAGUUUAGUUGUGUAGUGGAAAUUAUUGAUUCCUUGGGUUUAAGGGAUGAACAGACAUGCUGGGAAAUCCCUACUUUUUUUUUUUUUUUUUUUUUUUGCCACAGUGCUCUCAGGUUGAUACAAUGAGCAAGACUCCUCUCUUUGUCCCAUAUUGGCUGCAUGCUCCUCCCUUUGCCACCAUUUGGCUUGGUGGCCUCCAGUUCAUUGGCAAAAUAUCUAUCUCUAGAUACCUUCCUUUCAAGCUGGAGCCUGACUUUUUCUCAUUAUACAUUUUUAAUUUAUUUUUUUCCCCAAGAGUUUCUUUUCUGAUGCCCCAUCUGGUAUGAAGUGCACUUUAAGGAAAGGGGCAAGGCAGAGUUUCCAGAGGUGGAGAAGCCCAAGGGCCUGACCCCUUUGGGUGCUUCCAUGCCCCUCUCUCAGCCCGUAUAUCCCCUGGAUAGUCGAGAGGACUGCUGCCUUGGUUUUGGACAGUCCUCUCUUUCCACAUGGUGCUCAGGUGGUUUUCCAGGUGACUGCAGGAAUGGAGGAUGGAAGUCACUAGCCAAACCAAAUCAAGAAAGAAAAGUCUGGUGUCCAGAUAUCCAGGCUUAUCUAGGCUAGAAGACAGGAAUCCCCCAGUAUGAGGGCACCCAUAUCUAGCUUUGCAGAUAGGAAAGCAGGCUUAGUGUGAGUGCAAGCUAGUAAACACAGGCUUUAGUGGUGUGACUCCUGCAAGGGGAAAAGUCCCUGCUCCCUUUACUUGUUGGGCCCCUUUUAGCAGCUAAGGAGAAAUGCAGGGAGAAAAAAUGCUGAAGGGGUGUGGAUUAAAUUCCAAGGCAGUGAUUUUCAAACAUUUUUUAAAACAAACCUUACAUAGAACCCCAAUUUAAAAACUAACUACAAACCAUGCAGACCUGGGCACUCUGUAACUUCUUAGUUUGAAAGAAAAUGCUUCAUUACUUGAGGAGCCAUUGAAACAAUGAGAACUCCUGAGGGCCUGAAGUUGGAAAACCGCUGCUUUCUGAGGACAGGGGUUCAGUCUGGCUCCAACCUGCCACUCAUAGCAAAGAAGGAAAGGUGCGGGUGGAUGAGCCACAUUGUCUCCAGACCCAGUAAGAAAGGAAGGAAGAUACCUGUGCACCUGUGAUCUGGGAGUGAAGGGAAAUAUGCUGCUACAUAAUUUGAGUCCCCUGUUUAGGAAAAUAUCAAUAAAGGGGCUUAUGCUAAUGUUUGCCACCAGGGUAUCAAAGAAUCCAGUGGGUUUUAUAUAAUUUUGCCAUCAAAUGAUUCUUUUGAAAAACACAUAAGGAAAUUUGAAGGUGUAGAGCAGAGGUGACACAGAGGGGACAGCCUUCUCUUUAACAAGAUAUAAGGGAUAUAUAAUUCACUUACAUAAUUAAGAAACAAGACACAAACAAACCCUUCACUAGAAACGUCAUACUGCAUCCUCUUCCUCCUUCCUACCCUCACUGCACCCCUUUCAGGAGCCAGGGUCACCACAAGGGGUACCUGGCCUGCCCAGUCACAUCUGCCAAAAUGUUGCAUGCCAGCGUGGAAGACAAACCAAACCGCACAAACCCCAGUGUGUAUUUACUUGAUGUACAUAGAUAUCUUUAAAAUAAAAUAAAUUCAAUGAUGACUCUA